GAGGUCGGUCGUGGAGAGGAAGCAUGCUCUCAUUGGUUACGGGGUGCGGAGGAGUGGGCGAGGCUUUGUGGAACCGGACGGCCGGCGGGCGGGAGCGCGCGUCGGCCGCGCGCCGGGCCGGACCGUUGUAACUCUGUCAGCUGGGUGGCGGCCUAUACGGUAUAGGGGAGGGAGGAAGAGCCCCCAGACUCGGUCCCAUCCCAUCACAUACAAUUUCCUGAACCCCGCCGUGGGAGCGGCGUUCUCGACUGGAGCAAACUCUCGGUUUCCCGUCCCACAACGAAGCGGUUAUCGCGGGAGAGCCCAUUCACUGUAGAGGGGGAAGGGGGAAGGUUCCCGGGAACGGUUCAUUGUGCGAAGUCGGUGAGAGGGAGGUCCUAGGGAGAAAGGGACUCCGGGAGAAACUAGUGAUGGAGGCAGAGGGAUCCCUGGAGCACUUCUUGGCAGGAUAGGGGCUUAGGGCUCUAGUGCUAGGAAGGAGCGAUCCAGGGCCCGGACGGCUGGAGCUUAGAGGAGGGCCUGUCCAAGGGAGGCCUGCUACACCGGUAGUUGCCCGGGAGGAGGCUGGCCAGAGCAGGGUUAUCCGGGGAGAGUGGCUCGGAUAGGCAGAUAGGGGGCGGGGCUUGUUGCUAGUUUGUCCUAGGAUUGGUUAGUUUUGCAUAAGGGGCGGGACUCCCGCUCCUUUCCCUCCGCCCUCUCUCCGCUACCCGGCCUGCGCUCAAUUCGGGGAGGGCUUUGGGAUCCGGGAGCUGUUCUGCCCCAACCCACCAGGUCCAAGGCCAUGCCCGUCAGUUCUAUGCUCAGCGGUACUGAAGGGUCUGGGGCUUUACAAAAACCCGAGGCUGACUGCAGCUAAGGCUGCUGCUGUCCUUCCUGGUGGGUGCCAAGCCAGGGCUAACCGGACAGACGAGGUUGAGGAGAGUGUGUGUGUGUGUGUGACGGGCACUUAACCCAGUUGUCUGACUAGCCUGCCCAGUCACUCUGUGUGUACCCUGGGAGGAUUGAGCCAGGGCUGGCCCCUGGGAUUGUACGCCCUGAACUUUGAAUCCAGUCCCCUAUGCCCGGGAGGGCAUCCCGGAGUACCCUUGGGGGUUAGGAUCCGUCGAGAGCAGUGGUUCCUCUUGUCCCGCAUCCUCCAGUCCCCUGGCGCCGCAUUCAACGUGCUGGCUUGUGCACCCGGUGGCCUUCCAGGUGGAGAGGUGGGGAGCGGUUGUUUCGGGCGGCGACGCGGCUGACACGGCCUCCACAGGCUCGCUCUCUACUCCCUCCCUCCCUCCUUAAACUCUCCGGAAGCGGCAAGUGCUUUGGGAGGGGGGAGGGGGUUGGAGCAGCUGCGAGGAGUUGGAGCGCCCAAGCCGUUGCUGCAGCUCGCUGCUGGCAGAAUUAGGCUGACCGCGACGGGGGCCUGGCUUCGGAUACCCCCACCCCCGGCUCAGAGAGUCUGACCUUUCCGAUAGUGGCCGCUGGCAGGACAGACAGACCGAUAGUGUUCUAGGACUCGAGGGGAAACUGCAAAGCCCCAAGACUUUGAGGCGUGCCCGGAGCUAGCAGGGGAUCUUCUCCGGGCUUGGGGUACGAGGAUCCUCAAAACUUGACUUUCACCCUCUUGCCCUCUUCCUGCCCAGCUUGGGGCUGCAGAGGUGCCUUGGGACACAGAGCGUGAGAGCGGCGUGGGCUGAGGGCCGGGUUAGGCCGAAUGCUGAAGGAGAGGGUGUCCAGGCUCCCCUUACCGGCCGCGUAGCUUUCAGCCAUGGAUGUGACCCCCGGCCUGGCAGUCUGGCUCUUAUGGGCGCUCCUUCUGCAUCAUGGCCAAGGAGAGAAGCCUCCAGGAGCCAGCCCCGAGGAGUCAGCAGUGGCAGAAUUCUGCAGGAUUGACAAGCCCUUGUGCCACAAUGAGGAUGAGCAGCUCAGCUUUGAGGCCGUCCGAAACAUCCACAAGCAAAUGGAUGAUGAUGCCAACGGGAACGUGGAUGUGGAGGAGAGUGAUGAGUUUUUGAGGGAAGAUCUCAACUACCAUGACCCAACAGUGAAGCACAGCACGUUCCAUGGAGAGGAUAAGCUCAUCAGUGUGGAGGACUUAUGGAAGGCAUGGAAGGCCUCAGAAGUAUACAACUGGACCGUGGAUGAAGUGGUACAGUGGCUGAUCACCUAUGUGGAGUUACCACAAUAUGAGGAAACUUUCCGGAAACUGCAGCUCAGUGGCCACGCAAUGCCAAGGUUAGCGAUUACCAAUGCAACAAUGACAGGUACUGUUCUUAAGAUGACUGACCGGAGUCACAGGCAAAAGCUACAGCUGAAAGCCCUAGACACAGUGCUGUUUGGGCCUCCUCUCUUGACCCGCCAUAACCAUUUGAAGGACUUCAUGCUCGUUGUGUCCAUCGUCAUUGGGGUGGGUGGAUGUUGGUUUGCCUACAUUCAGAAUCGAUACUCUAAGGAGCAUAUGAAGAAGAUGAUGAAAGACCUGGAGGGGCUACACAGAGCUGAGCAGAGCCUUCAUGACCUCCAGGAGAGGCUACAGAAAGCCCAGGAAGAACAUCGGACAGUAGAAGUAGAAAAGGUACACCUGGAGAAAAAAUUACAAGAUGAGAUCAGCAUUGCUAAACAGGAGGCACACCGGCUUCGUGAACUUCGUGAGGGUACAGAAAAUGAGCUCAGCCGCCAGAAAUAUGCAGAACAAGAAUUGGAGCAGGUCCGCAUGGCUUUGAAGAAUGCUGAGAAGGAGUUGGAGUCCCACAGUUCCUGGUAUGCCCCUGAAGCUCUACAGAAGUGGCUGCAGCUAACACAUGAGGUGGAGGUGCAAUACUACAACAUCAAGAAGCAGAAUGCUGAGAAGCAGCUACUGGUGGCCAAGGAAGGGGCAGAGAAGAUUAAAAAGAAGAGAAACACCUUGUUUGGAACCUUCCAUGUGGCCCACAGCUCUUCACUGGAUGAUGUAGAUCACAAAAUCUUAACAGCCAAGCAAGCCCUGAGUGAAGUGACAGCAGCACUGAGGGAGCGCUUGCACCGAUGGCAGCAGAUUGAGAUGCUCUGUGGUUUCCAAAUUGUUAACAACCCUGGUAUUCACACGCUGGUGGCCGCCCUCAACAUUGAUCCCAGUUGGAUGGGUAGCACCCGCCCCAAUCCUUCACACUUUAUCAUGACAGAUGAUGUGGAUGACAUGGAUGAGGAAAUCGUAUCACCAGUGUCCAUUCAGUCUCCCAGCCUGCACAGCAGUGUCCGGCAGCGUCUGGUGGAACCACAGCACGUCCUGGGAUCGCAGAGGUUGGUAGAGAGCGAGGGCAGCCAUUACGUGCCAGGCCGUGUGUCUCUGCGGCGAAUGCGCAGCCUCUCCUCUGGACAGUCUUUCAGUUCCGACGUUCACGGGACCAGCCCUCCAUCAGCCGUCACCUCCUCCUGCUCUUCCUCCUCCUCUACCGCCUCCACCUCUGCUCCUACUUUCCAUGUCCACCCUGUCUAUUACCACCACAGCACUGCUUACUUCCUCCAGAUGGAUCCCUACCCUGACCCGCCCCCUCCCGAUGCCCAGUCUGGGAUGUCCUAUCGAUCCGACAGCUUGGGGGACUUGACCCAUUCCGAUUCGGAGUCCUCCCUCCACAUGAGUGACCGCUCUCGCUUCACCCAGAUAGCUGCCAAGCCCCAACAGCUGACCAGAGCCAUGGAUGAAGCCCCGUAUGCCCCAACCUCCAAUGGCAGCCACCGACUGGCAGAGGCAGCCCUGGGGGGAGCUGUAGUGGAGAAGCUGCCUGAGAGUCCUGCCCUGGCCAAGAAAGCAGUAUACCUGCAGAAUCAUGGGCUAGAGAAGGCUUAUAGUGUUGGGGAGCUGGGCCCUAUAGGGCUGGGGGGAGGAGGGCACUUGCAUUCAGAUUCCUCACGUUCCCACAGUCCCAGCUCCCCUGAACCAGACACACCAUCACCUGUGGGGGACAGCCGGGCUCACCAUGGCCGCAACACGCGUAUCCCCCACCUGGUAGGCAAGAAGCAUGCAGGUGAGGAGGACAGUGGCUCCACGGGUGAGGAGACAGACUCCGGCCAGGGCAAGAAGAAAUUUCCACUCAAAAUCUUCAAGAAGCCCAAGAAGUAGCCGGACCAGGGCUGGCUGCGGUGGGAAGACACAUCUAUCCUCCCUCUCCUCCAAGGGACCCACCCAGGGCCUGGAUGGGGAAAGGUGGGGGUCCUGAGGACUUGGGGCCCUGUUACUCCCUGCCUCAUCUUCUCUGUACUCCUCCCUUCCCCCUAUGAAAGAGGGGCCCUUCCAUCUUAUUUAUUUACUGACCACCACCUGCCCUGUUUGGGCCUCUGUAAGCUAUUCCUGCUCCAACUUCUUCAUCCCCUGGUUCCAUCCCUGCUUCACAAUGCAUGACUUGCCCCUGCACCCCCAUCUCAGUUCAGCCCACCCACUUUUGCAGGGGACCCUCGUUUCUCCCUGUUUAUUGGGCUUUUAUAUCUUUCUUGGUCUCCCCCUCUGUUCCCUGUUCUCCCCAUUGCCACCAAACCCCCAGCAAUUAGGGUGAGGACAAAGGAAGCCUGAUUCAAAGCCUGGGCUCCCACCAACCUCAGCAAUGCUGGACAAUGUGGGUAGGGCAGGGCAGGGCAGGGCUGGACUGAGGCCAGAGCUCUGGGGUUGGGGGAGGGGGGUGCUUGAUUUUGUUUGUUUCCUUUGGGUAUGGGGAGAGCCUGGGGCCAACUCUAACUCUAGCCUUGGCCUGACUUUGGGGUGGGGGGAUAGGAGGUAGUAGAUGAUGAAGAUGAAGUAGAGCUGGCCCUGGAGAUUAGGCCUAAAUUAGGGAUGGACAGCUGUGGCUUUCCCCCUUAUAGGGCCAGGACUCUAGACCACCCUUUCCAGUGGCCUAAUGACUGCCGCCUCAUUCUGCUUGUUCUGUAGGGUAGGGGAAGAGAGGGUAGCCACAUUCCUCUCUCUUUCCUCCCCCUAAACAUAUUUAGCCUACACCAGGUCCCAAGUUUGGAGCCUCAGUGAUCCCUAAGCCCCAUUUUAGUAUGCUUGAUCCCCUUUGUAAUGGAGACCUAGCCUAGAUAGGGGCUGGCAGGGACUUUAACAUAUGGAUAUAGUCUGUAACAGGACAGUGGGGAGAGGGAUGUGGUUGGGAGAGAUUUGGGGCAAAGAUGUUAAUGCUUUUGAACCAAAAAAUUUUUUAAAAAAUCCUGAAUUUCCAAAGUGCCUGCAGCCCUCCCCUCCUUUUCACCUUUUUUCCAGUGCAUGGUCCUUGGGCUCCCCUAGAGUCUAGGCUCUACAGCCCAAUCCUACUGUGCAGUCCAAAGUCUGCCUCCCAUACUAACCCCAGCCAGGCCUGGGGAAGGAAGCAGCUUAUAAGAAUAAAGUAAGGAAGGGAAGGGAAUGGACACAUACUGUGCAUGUCCCACUUCCUACCCCAAGCAGCACCCUCUCCCCCCAGCUUUCGGUAGGGGCUGUCAAUUAUGGCCCCCAGGUCUGUUCCUCUGGAUGAAUCAGUUGUCCAUCCCAGGGCUAAUGGGCAAGGCAGCUGGGUUCUGCAGGCCACAAUGGGCUGGCCCCCCCUUCCCUAUCCCAAUGGAUUUUUCUGUUAUUUCAUAAGACUGAAGUCUAAUAAAGCAUGUAGGUAUUUUA